AAGAAAGGAAGGAAUUGAGGGAGUGUGGGUUCUGUCCUGUCCCCCCACCCAACACAGUCUCUCUCUCUCUCUUAAAGCCAAAAGGGCACUACCGCAUUGGCUUUUUCUGCCUUUUGUUUCUGUGCUUGCUAUGCAAUUGUAUGUCUGCUGCUCCUGCUCCCUCUUCUCAGAACUGCAAAUGGGGGAGGAAUCAUACUUUGAAUUUCUUGUUAUUAUUUGAUACCCUCCCUUUUCUUCACAUCUUUUAGACCCUCUCUCUCUUCUCCCCUUCUCCAACCAUGACUUUCUCCUAUAUUUUUCUAUUCAAUUUCUCUCCUGUUCUUGCUUUUUAGACAACCACCCCUCUCAACUAUAAUGUAAUUCUCCCCCAUGAUUUGACUUCAUUUUCAAUUUUCUGUUGGUCUGUUGCUUUGUGGCCACUCUUCAACACCCACUUGAUUGCCCUCAUCCCCAACUUUUAAUUUGCCCCUUUUCUUUUUUCUUGUUGGGUAUUGGUUAAUUGGUUGUCUUGUUUGCCUGAUUCUGUGUUGUACCGAGAUAGCCACGCACUGCUAAAGGGGUUUUCAUGGAAAUUGAUCUGAACCAUGUGGUGAGUAGUGAGGUGGAGAAGAAUGGUGGUGGCGGCAAUGGGGGUUGUUUGUCCUCUUCAAAUUCCUCAUGCUCUUCAAAUUCCUCCACAUCUCCUGCUUCUUCCUCAAUCUACAAGGAGCUUUGGUAUGCUUGUGCUGGGCCGCUCACAUCUCUGCCCAAGAAAGGGAAUGUGGUUGUCUAUUUCCCACAAGGUCACUUGGAACAGUCUGCCUCUCACUCCCCUUUCCCUCCCAUGGAAGUGACCAGCUUUGAUCUCCACCCCCAAAUCUUGUGCAAGGUUAUGGGAGUUCAACUACUAGCAAAUAAGGACAAUGAUGAGGUCUAUACAAAGCUGGCACUACUUCCUCUACUUGAGGUAUGCUUCCCAUUGGAAGUUAUUAAUUUAAAGGGCAAGGAACUUGAAGAGUUGGGGUUGGAUGAGGGGGGUGUGACGCCAAACAAAACUCCACACAUGUUUUGCAAGACACUUACAGCCUCUGAUACAAGCACACAUGGAGGAUUUUCUGUUCCCCGUCGUGCCGCUGAAGACUGUUUCCCACCUCUGGACUAUAAACAACAAAGGCCCUCUCAGGAGCUUGUUGCCAGGGACCUCCAUGGCGUGGAAUGGAAGUUUCGACACAUUUACAGAGGUCAGCCACGGCGACACCUGCUCACUACAGGAUGGAGUGUUUUUGUGAGCCAAAAGAAUCUUGUUUCGGGUGAUGCAGUUCUUUUCUUGAGGGGUGAAAGUGGAGAGCUGAGGUUGGGUAUCAGAAGAGCUGUUAGACCAAGAAAUGGUCUUCCGGAUUCUAUUCUUGCUAACCAGAAUUAUCGGAACAUUCUUUCCAUCGUGGCCAAUGCUGUAUCCACGAAGAGCUCGUUCCACGUUUCCUACAGCCCAAGGGCCAGCCAUGCGGACUUUGUGGUACCCUAUCAAAAGUACAUUACAAGCGUCACCAAUCAGAUACCAAUUGGGACCAGAUUCAAAACAAAAUUCGAUGUUGAUGAUUCAUCAGAAAGAAGGUGUAGCGGUGUGGUGACUGGAAUACGUGCUUUAGAUCCCUAUAGAUGGCCUAACUCAAAAUGGAGAUGCUUGACGGUCAGAUGGGAUGAAGACGGUUCUAGUGAUCGUCACGAGCAAGUUUCCCCGUGGGAGAUUGAUCCAUCUGUUUCUCUCCCACCAUUGAGCAUCCAGUCCUCCCCAAGGCUGAAGAAACUGCGGACCCCACCCAAUAACCCCAUUUCUGGAGGGGGUGGGUUUUUGGACUUUGAGGAGUCUGUAAGAUCCUCUAAGGUCUUGCAAGGUCAAGAAAAUGCUGGUUUAUUAUCACCCCUCUAUGGAGGAUGUGAUAAGGUGAACCGCCCGCCAGAUUUUGAGAUGCAAUCCAUUGCUCUUCAAAAUCUUGCAUCAAAUGGGAAAGAAAAGGCAAGUUUUACAGGCUUUCUGGAAUCCAGUCGAUUCCCAAAGGUCUUGCAAGGUCAAGAAAUAUGCUCCUUGAGAUCACUGACGGGAAAUACCGAUUUCAACAUUGGUGCUUGGCCAAGACCAGAACUUGGUUGUAACUUUGCAAACAUGUAUCAAAGAGCCAAACCUAAUUUCUACCCACUAGCUUCAGAAGGCGUGAGAAAUGUGUACUUCCCUUACGAUGAUGUCCAUAAAGCUGGACAAGAUCCGGUAAUGCUUUCUCAUAUAAAGAACUUCCCGAGUGUGAAUGCUCCGUUCAAUGGGUCUUCAAUUCUUAGGGAGGAAGUUAGGCCAAAUAUUCCAAACGAGGUACUGCAGGGAAAGAUAGGUGGUCCUCCUAUUUCAAAGGCAAAUUCUAAGAAUGCAAACGAUGAAAUUUCCAACAGCACUAUGGCUGGAUUUAAGUUGUUUGGAUUUACCUUGACUGGAGAAACUCCUAAGACAAACUCGCAGAGUUCCAAUAAGAGGAGCUGUACUAAGGUCGACAAACAAGGCAGCUUGGUUGGAAGAGCUAUUGAUCUUUCAAGACUGAAUAGCUAUAAUGAGUUGCUGAUUGAGCUAGAGAGGCUCUUUGGCAUGGAAGGCCUUCUACGUGAUCCUGAUGAAGGAUGGAGAAUCUUGUACACUGAUAGUGAGAAUGACAUGAUGGUCGUCGGGGAUGACCCUUGGCAUGAGUUUUGUGAUGUGGUGUCCAAGAUCCAUAUCUAUACCCAAGAAGAAGUGGAGAAAAUGACAAUGGGGAUGAUCAGUGAUGACACUCAAAGUUGUUUGGAGGAAGCAGUACCAACUGUAAUGGACGUGUCCAAGUCCCCUUCGGUUGGCCAGCCGGAUUCUCCUACUACACUAGCUCGGAUGUAGGGUUUGGGCCUGUGUUAUAAGUAUCAUGUUUGAUGUAUGCACAAGUGUGUAUGUGUACUCAUGUCUGGUUGCUGUUCUUGUUGAACAUAAUUAAGCUGAAAUACUACGGCAAAUUAACUAGGGUAUUAUGAACUCUAUGUAUUGAUUUUCGCCGGAUC